CAGAUACAGAUGAGCUUCCUCCAUGAGAUUUCUCAAGAAAACCAAAAAUUUCUUUAAAUAAUAAUAAAUGAAAAAGAAGCCCGAUAGCCAUUUCACCUCAAAGGCGGUUCCUUUCUUCUCUUUCUCUUCACCUUCACUGUAAAAACGGGUGUUAUGAUUUAGUGAAGCAGACAAAGCUACAUAGCUCAAUACCCUUUUUUCCUUCACUGUAAACUGUGCAUUUAUCUUCUUUUGUAUUAAUGCUGUUCUUUCAGUUGUUCUUUUUUUUCACUUCUUGAUAAGACGGCAAGACCCCAUGAGAGAUGAGCAUGGGGUUUUUUUUGUUUGGUUGCUGGAACAGUAACUUAUCUGGAUAUUCCCGGAAAAUGAGGGAAAAAGGAAGAAAAUAGCGAGGAAAAAGUAGAAAACCCUUGAAAGUCCACAUUUCAAGGCCAUUUUGCUUCUUAUGUUUGCCUGUUACUGUACUUUUUCUUGCCAAGAGAAUAUUGAAUCAGAAGAGAAUGAGGAAGCACGGAUGGCAGCUUCCCUACCAUCCUCUCCAGGUGGUAGCUGUUGCUGUGUUUCUGGCAUUGGGAUUUGCUUUCUAUGUGUUCUUUGCGCCUUUUGUAGGGAAUAAAUUGUUUCAGUACAUUGUAAUGGGGCUAUAUUCACCACUUAUUGUAUGUGUUAUUGGCUUGUAUAUUUGGUGUGCUGCGUCUGAUCCUGCUGAUUCAGGAGUUUUCAAGUCAAAAAAGUAUAUUCGUGUUGCGGACAAUAAUAAAUCUGCCCAGGCUAAAGAAUCUAAACUAGGCGGAGACUCGGUACAAGAUGCUAAUACUGCUUUAGCUGGAGAUAAAACUUUUGACAAUAACAGUAAGGAUCCCAACGCAGCCACACAUCUUGCUGCUCAAACCAAAAAGAAAAUCGAGACUUCUCAUCAAGCAUCGUGUUUUUCUGCAUUGUUACCUUUACUACCCUGUGCUUUUGUGUGCAACUGUUCUGAUCAACGUGAAGAGUCCUCUGAACAGACAAGUGAAGAUGGCAUGUUCUAUUGCAGUUUAUGUGAAGUAGAGGUGUUCAAAUACAGCAAGCACUGUAGAGUAUGUGACAAAUGUGUUGACCGCUUUGAUCACCACUGCAGGUGGCUAAAUAAUUGUGUAGGCAAAAGGAACUAUCGGAAAUUCUUUACUCUCAUGGUUUCUGCUCUCCUACUGCUUAUACUUCAGUGGUCAACAGGGAUCCUUGUUCUAAUCUGCUGCUUUAUAGAGAAGAAGAGAUUCUAUGCCGAAAUCACCUCAAAAUUAGGAAGCAGCUUCUCUGUGGUUCCAUUUGUUAUGGUUGUGGCAGUCUGCACCAUAUUGGCGAUGAUAGCAACAUUGCCGCUUGCUCAACUUUUCUUCUUUCACAUAAUUCUUAUCAAGAAGGGAAUUAGCACAUAUGAUUAUAUCAUGGCCCUGAGGGAGCAAGAGCAACAAGGCGUUGAAGGUCAGCAAAGUCCCCAAAUGUCGACAGCUAGUUCCAUUACUGGGCUAAGCAGUGCAAGCUCCCUUAAUACUUUUCAUCGGGCGGCAUGGUGCACACCCCCGCCUCUCUUUCUUGAGGAUCAGUUUGAUGUGGUUCCUCCUGACAAUGUAUCUGUCAGUUCACUCGGGAGAAAGACUACGGUUGAGGAGGCGGCCAAGAAAAAGAACCCUGCAGCCGUGAAGAUCAAUCCAUGGACAUUAGCAAGGAUGAAUGCCGAGGAUGUUUCAAAGGCUGCUGCCGAGGCACGGAAGAAGUCAAAAAUUCUGCAGCCUGUUGUGAGACAGCAAACUCCUCAUGCCCCUGAAGCUAACAGUAGUUUUGGAAGUAGUGACCGUCAAAUCGCCCUUAGGCCUGACAAUAACAAGCGGCGACCUAGUAAGCGUGGUGUUCGACUACCUGCAGAGCUACCAUUUGAAAAUUUGAGUGAAUUAUUGAAUGAAACUGGUCAAAGAAAUAGAGGCCUUGUGAUCACUGAGCCAUCAAGAAGCGCUUUCCACCCGAGCCAAGCAAAGUCCAGCUCGAGAGGCAUUGUUGUUUCUUCUCCCGAGAGCAGUUUGGACUCUCCUGAUAUUCGCCCUCUCCGGGUCUCAGGAGCUGAAGAUGCUGCUAGGCAUCACGCGGGUCUAUCAACAUCGGGAUUUACUUUACAGAAGGAAAUCCCGUUGUCAAGCUCAACUAGCGAUGGAUAUGAUGCGUCUGGUGGUGAAGAUAGCGACCGAGUUCCUACCAGAUUCAUGCAAAGAUCAGCACAGUGGAGUGACCCGAAAGAGAGGGACAUCAGAUUGAUUGUGCCGUCUUCUUCAUCAAGCCAGGCUAACAGCAGAAGGCUUUGAACACCUAAGUUCCCUUAACUAAUCAUUUUGCUCUUGCAAGUACUUUGAGAUGAGAUUUAUUCAUUUGUUGGUCAAGUUCUUGUAAAGUUGCAUGCUUCAUCUUGGCCUCUUCUGUUUAAUAUGGAAAACUGGUAAAGUCUAAUAUUUUGGACUUCAGAGAAAGAGAAUGAAUGUCUGCUGAUCUGUUAUCACCAUCUUACAAGCUUCCUUCUGCAACAGUACACCUUUGGUUAACUCAAUUGUAAAUGGAGGACUAGUGAUGUUUCUUUUGAUGA